CUCUUUCUCUUCUUUUUUUUUUAUUCUUGUGUUCUUUUUCAUUAAAUACCUUUCUCAUCACAAUGCUCCUUAUCAAAAAUGUGCUUUUCACUUUAUCUGCCCUGACUCUCUUUUCAACGUCCCGCUUCAGUCAUUAUGAAGGUGGUGCUGCUUUAGUCAUGGCUGCACUCACGCCUCAGGAACGUAUAGAAGUCGAGGCUAAAAACCCUGAAAACCCAAACUACUGUCCUGCCUGUCUCCAAAAAGCCAUGAGCAAUCAUUUCCCACAUGCCUGUCCCAAGGGUAUUGAGCCUAUGAAUGCACAUAGUCGUCCCGAAGGUCCUACUGCUCAAGAGCAACGUUGCGUCUGUGUGGCGUUCAGAGAUCUGUACUGGAUGAAGCUUGAUUGUCAACGGGAAUGUGCGUUUGUGAAUGAUCCAGAAGCCAUGACUCACUUCCUUCCAUCGGACCAGAUCCCAGGUUGCGACCAGUGGAUUGAUUUCGAAACAGGGGAAGAAAAGGAUGUUGAAGGAUUUGAUAAAAGAGACCCUGCUCAUGUUCCUGAAAAGUUUGAAGCUGUUGCUGCAGAUGAAACGCCCGACGCACAGGCCAACACAGAGGAAGAGAAAGGAAAAGGAAAUGAAGCUAAUAAUCAGGGAAACACACCAGUCGUUGAGCGAACAAAAGAAGAAUUGUAGAUCAUUGUUUUUAAAAAAAGAUAAAAUUGCAGAUCAUGUUAAAUAAACG